AUGUCUCUUCCAGCAACUUACAAGGCAUGGGUGGUCGAGCAGGCCGGUGAACCCAUGGUUCUCAAAGAUCUUCCUCUCCAACUUCCUGGCCCUGGCCAGGUCCUUGUUAAGGUCCUGGCAUGCGGUGUGUGCCAUUCUGACACUGGUGCAGCUAAAGGAGAAUAUGGACCGAUCCAAGGGCGGGUUCUUGGUCAUGAAACUGUUGGUGAUAUUGUUGCGAUAGGCGAAGGAGUUACCCGAUUUAAAGGAGGCGAACGUGUGGGUGGGCCUUGGCAUGGAGGUCACGAUGGCACCUGCCGCUCUUGCCAGCGCGGCCAGUUCCAAUACUGUGAACAUGAGGCUAUCAGUGGGCUCUCUCAGGACGGAGGCUAUGCCCAGUACGUUCUAUUGCGUGCCGAGGCAGUUGUUCGUGUGCCCUCGGAUCUCGACCCGGCCGAUGCAGCGCCGCUCUUAUGCGCCGGGGUGACUGUCUUCAACGGCAUCCGCAAGAUGAACGUCGAGCAGGGUAGCAUCGUCGCUAUUCAAGGUGUCGGGGGCCUGGGUCACCUGGCUGUUCAGUAUGCCAGCAAGAUGGGCUAUAAGACAGUUGUCCUAAGUUCUGGUGCAUCCAAAAGGGCCUUUGCCUUUGAUCUCGGCGCUCAUGACUUCAUCGACACUGCCGUCGAGAAUCCGGUGGAUAAGCUUAAAUCAAUGGGUGGUGCUGGCCUUAUUGUGGCCACGGCGCCUAACCCCAAGGCCAUCAGCCCACUUACGGCUGCUCUUCAGCCUGGCGGUAAGCUGCUGGUUCUCGCGGCUGUGGGCGACAUCGUGGUCAACACGAUCGACCUCAUCAUGGCGGGUGGCUCAGUUCAUGGAUGGGCGAGCGGCCAUGCCCUUGAUUCUGAGGAAGCCAUUGAAUUUGCAAAGGUCCACGGCGUAAAGGCCAUGAUUGAGAAAUUCCCUAUGGCUAGCGCACCAGAGGCUAUGGAGCACAUGCUGUCUGGGAAAGUUCGUUUUAGAAGUGUACUCGUUAUGGAGUAA